AUGGACGAACAGGAGUUUGAAGUGUUCGACUCGCUCCCCCCAGCGCUGCGUCGCAAGCUCUUCUCUAACCUCGAGCGCUUCCGUCUCGAGCAGAUGAGACUCGCGCAGGCCUCUAAUAACCUCGACCGACGAGCAAGUGAACAUCACCACUCUUCUACUGCUCCAUCCUCUUCCUGCUGCUGCUGCGGUACGACGACGACAGCGUCUUCUUCCUCGCCCACUAAGCUCUGCAGACACCGCAGGCCCAGCAGUCCGAAGGCCCGAAACCAACGGGGCCGGCCAGUCGCACCGAUCAACGGCAAGAGACGCUGCAAGUCCUCGCACCAACGCGUCCUCCAGAAGCCCUCGGCUCAGCUGCAGACGGCCUACCUGACGGCCCAAGCAGACUCCGAGUGGUUCCAGUCGCUGCCGCCAAAGGUCCAGCAGCGCCACUUCAGCGUCGAGGAGCAGGCCCGGCUUGGAGGCUGGCGCUCCAGCAUCAUCUUCGACGCCGCCGACCAGGCCUGCUACAAGUACGGCAGCUUCACCACCAGCGCCGCCGCUGCUGAGUCCUCUCUCUCGCUGCCAGCUACUUCUACUCUCUCUCGCUCUUCUUCUUUCUCGAGCAUGUCGUCCGCUGUUGACGGCGAUGCGGGCGUUGACGCUUACAACAACCGUGCAGACGACUCGCUCUACGACAGCUUCAAGUGGCUCGACGAGGAAGAUGAUAUAGAUCUCUCGCUCGACUACCACGCCCACCUCGCAGAGACCUCGACUCCUUCAAACAUCCACGGCAAGACCAAGUCGCCCUUUCGAAGCAGGAGACCGUCUUCCUUCAGACGCACUUUUUCCACUUCCUCGUCAAACCGCGGCAUGAGCAGCGGGGGAAGUGCUCUCCCCUCACCUCGUUUGCGCAGCCAGACCCAAUCUCACAGCAACACCAACAACACCAGCAACACUCAUAGACCACGGUCAGGAUCAAAACAUGCUCCACCACCACUACUACCGUCUUACCUCCCUCACCCUUCCUAUGGCUCCGUCGACCAUCCAGCACAGUUCUACCAGGACCCCGAGGCCCGUCUCAAGCUGAGAGUCUACCUCGCCUCUCCCCAAAAGUUCGACGAAGCAAUUGAGUUUGGCUUCCCUUCCCUCGAACACAACGACAACCUGGGCACUCCCUUCUCCUUCGAUCGCAAGUGGAAGAUGCAGGAGUCUCCUACUUCCAACUGCUUCAUCGACUCAGAGUGCAUCGCUCCCUUCGACAAUUUCGCCAGCGGACCUCCCAGCCCUCGCACCGCCAUCCGACCAAAAACCUCCGGAGACCUCAGGCCAGACACCAACUGCCCCUCUCCAUGGCGCAACCCUUCCGUCUGCGACUCCGUCAACUCUCGUCCCUCUUGCUCCAGCCGUCGUCCCGUCAUCGUAGGCUCCUCAGGCCCCAUGGGCGGCAGGGAGAUGACCCUCAAGAUGACCCUGACCAGACCAGACCUCAGAUCAAGCGAGCUUACCGCGUCACCUAAGUCUUCCAUGGAGGAUCCGCUGAAGCUGGCUGACUUGCCUGUGGACGAGAAGGCGCCUGUCUGGGACAAGCCGGAGAAGACCUCCAUGAAGAGCGUCUGGAGGAAGAUCACCGGGAAAUCAAAUUGA